CGCGGGUCAAAAUGCAAAGCCAGGAGCCCAUCUGAGCAGACUGCCACACGACCUGGACAGACUUUUGCAUCAGGUUAAAAUAUUACUCUAAGUCACCUUUUUUGCACGUAAAAUAAAGGUGUCUUCAGCCUUUAGGACAUUUUGUUUUGGCAAUAUCAGGAAAGAUGUGCAGCAGCAGCAACAGCAUCAUCCAGGCCCAAAAACUGGUGGAUCAACUCCAAAUUGAAGCAGGCAUGGAAAGAUUCAAGAUCUCCCUCACAGCAGCGGAUUUAGUCCAAUACUGUCAGGAACACAGACGCAGCGAUCCUCUGCUCACCGGCAUAUCGGCUUCGUCCAACCCUUUCAAAGAUAAGAAGACCUGUGUGCUACUCUGACACCAGAAGAUCCAUGUCACAGUACAGAAAACGUAGAAUGGGAGCUGCAAAGGAUUAGUUUAGACAUUUAUAUUUUGCCUGUCAUGUGUUUAUGCCUCAUCUGCAAAAAAUACAUAUAAUUUCUGACAGAAUUUUCAGGGCUUUCGAUGUAAAAGUUAGUUUCACAGACAUUUAAACAAAUAUAAGAACAGAAGUACUUUUAUUGUGCAUUGUAGUUUAAUUUGUUAAUGCAUAAAUACAAUAAACAAUUAAAUAUUUGUGGUUUGAGUUUUUUUGAACAUGGAAUGAAUAAAAAUUACAAGAUAUAAAUUACACAAUAGUAAAAAGCACCAAAACAACAGAAACAUCCUUGAAUUAAAUCUAUCAUAUGACAAAUAAGAGUGUAAGACAAAAUGACUUGGAAAUGAAUCAGGACUCCAUCAACACUGAACAUCUAGCUUUCAAAAAAAAAAAAAAAAAA